GCCAGACUGGAGCGAAGGAUUUCAGUGACGUACUUCCGUAUAUUUCCGGAAGCGCGGAAAUUUGAAAAACAUCGGUGCUGUGUUUUAGAAUGGAGCCGCGGGUGAAGUUUUUCGCGAAGCUGCGACAUUUAGUGGGACAUUUGGAGAAAGAAACUGCACAUCUCCAAGAGACAACUGAGAGUCAGAACUACGAUGACACUUCUGGGGGAGCUUGCCUGGCAACUUUGCAUUACCUGCAAUCAGAUGUCAGAGGGUUUAAGUCGCAGAUACAACAGGAACUUGUAAAUAGCAAAGACGAGAGGGCGGAGGGGGUGAGCUUCAUACAGAUGUGGUCAGAAAAGAGACAACAAGUCAAAGAAGCCCUUGACUUAUUGAGCAGCCACCUGGAGCAAUAUGGCUACAAACCCAGACAGCCAACACAGAAACCUCCAGCUGCAGGGACUGAGUGCGGUGAAUCCGAAUCUCAGUCUGAGGAUGGGGACGAGGCAGGAGAAGAGGAGGAGGAGUUGGAGCAGGAGACUGGCGAGGACGAUCAAGACGCAGAGGAAGAAGAUGGAGACGAGCAUCCAGAACAACACAAAGACCUGGACCAGCUCACCCCAGAGAGGUUAGCCCCCUCCCUGUUCACGGUCAUGUGCACCCCGAAGCUCACCGACUUUGGCCUGUCGGAAUUGCACCUGCAGAACAUGUUAAAAAACUACGCUGUGGCCCAGGACCCGACCCCAAUGGCCCCAAAAGGGCUCCUGUCGCCCCUCUCUGCGCCCGUACAGCCUCCGGUGCCCAAGACGCCCAAGUGCUACCUCAAACUGGACGAGGAUGCACCCACCCCACGGCUAGAGGAUUUUGGUAUCUCGGAGUACACCAUGCGCCUUAACAAUGACUUCACCAUGGACCUCCUCCGUAAGCCCCCAAAGCCUUCCAGCAAACAGCCCUCUGGACCAGUGGAAAAGAUUCCCCUGUUGGCGCCGUCUAACCUUGUCUUCAGUGAGUAUAUGGACACCCCCGAAACACCUGAAAUCCGAACACCAGGAUUCAGGAUCGUGAAGAAGGCUCCACCGCAUACCCCUGUCCAGAGUUGCCACAACAACCCGGAUUCACCCCCAAACCAGUCCAAUGAUCUUAUCUCCCCUGAACUCCCCACAUUUGAGACACCAUAUGUCCGCAAACUCCUGAGUGUUCAAAAGUUAAAUGUAGAAACCCGUAGCUUGUCUAUAGUGAGCAUGGCAGGAGAACCAGUGCCAGGUCCUAAGGAACCGUCAGGUCCCGCUCUGGAUCUUCAGGAGAACUACACCCAGGAGUGGAACCUGUCAAGCCCACGGGUCAGGAUGGAGUUUGAGCCUGAACCACGCACCCCAGAGAUGCCAGACAUGAGCUCCAUCACCCAGGACAUCUUCAAACUGGUGUCUCAGUGCAACACUGAGAUGAAGUCAGCCGCUAUCCAGCCGCCCCUCAAAGCAGGACUGCAGGCCACAGUAACCGGAAAGGAGAACAAGCCAGCCAUCCAACUUCAGAGUCUGGCACUAGUGACAGAGAAGGAGUUCCUGGGCCUGACCAGCUACCUCAGGAAGAUCCCCCUCGAGCGCCUGAACGAGGCCAUCCAGGAGAUGAACACAGCUCUGCACCAGCGGCAGAAUGGUGUGCAUUCGGACCCAAUGCAGUUCCAGAUGGACGAGCUUAGGAGCAUCACAGGCAUCGGGGUGAAGGCGCCCAUGUUUCUGCUGUGCCUGACGCAGCUGAAGAGGGUCGAGCACAUCCAGGGAGCAGGAAAUAACGCCAUGUACAAGCUGCUUCCUACACACACAUGAAUACCGCCAUGCCCCGCCUAACUGCUCACAUGGAAAGGCUUUAUUCAGCUUCUCAAAGAUCAUUUCAGUGCUGUCAGUUUGACUGACACUCAUUCAAGGCAGGUUGUUUGACAUCCUGAGUGUAACUGUGUUUGGGUUUUGGUUGCAUGUUUCAUUACAAUUUCCAGACUGUAAAUAGUGUAUGUACAUAUUUUCUGUGUCUCAGGUUAAAACAAGAGGCUGUAUGUUGUAGUUUUGUCUAGUCGAUGUUAAGUGGCAGGCAGCUGUUCCCAAUGAACUUGUUGGUAAUCAUGCCUUUAUUUUCAACUACUGUUAAUAUAUUCUAGAAGACAAACACUGUUGUGCUGUCUUUCUCUUCUUUUUGCUCUUGUUGAUUAUUCCAACAUGAUAGAAAAAAGCAACAAUUUAUAAUAACCUUACGUGUAUUUUUCUAAUG